AAGCGACAUUUUUCUAAUGAUAAAAAAUGAGGUCAAAGGGCAAUCGACCUAUGACCUGUGUGUCCGAGAAGUAACUUCGGGUCAGUCUGACCUUAUUUUGCCCAUUUUAUUUCUAUUUCCAAAGAACAAUACAAUGGACGACGGUCAGUCAGAGGAUGACAGUUACACCACAGACGUCAGUGAGACAGUGAACGAGAGGAUGGACAGUGAACUUGAGUGUGACGACUCUGACUGGUAUCCAGCCACCUUCCUGCAGCGGUUACAGGGGUUCAGGUCGGAGGGUCACCUGGUGGACGUGACUCUGUGUGCUGAAGGGAAGGAGAUCCCCUGCCACCGCCUGGUCCUGUCUGCCUUUGCUGAGUACUUCCAGGCAAUGUUUAGUGGUGCCCACAGUGAAAGUAAGAAGGACAAGAUAGAGAUUGGAGGGGUGAGUGCAGAGGCACUACAACUGCUGGUGGACAUCGCCUACACUUCUAAAUUCACUGUCACUACUGAUAAUGUCCAGUCACUGUAUGAGGCAGCUAACAUGCUGCAGGUAAAGGCUGUAGAGGACAGGUGUGAAGAGUUUCUGACAGACAGGUUGAGCCCUGAGACAUGUUUGGAAACCUGGGUACUGGCAGACAAGGUGUCAUGUAAACAAUUACUAGAGAAGGCAAAAUUCCAUUCUCUAAAACACUUUGAAGAAGUAUGCAUGACCGAGGAGUUCCUUGAGCUACCUGUGGACAUUCUGAAGGCGUACAUCUCAGACCGUGGCCUUCAUGCUACGAACGAAGAACGAGUGUUGGAGGUGAUCUUACUUUGGGUAAGACAUGAUCUUAAGGAACGUCAAAGUCACCUCAAGGAGCUGCUGGAAUGUGUUUGUUUCUCACAUGUGGACCAAAACUAUCUCAAGGACAUUCUGAAGAAAGACAAAACAUUGUCAAGUGUUCUUGGGAUCAAGGAACUAAUACAGGAUCAGUCUGGACACGCUACAUCACGUCAUAUUCAUCAAGAGGAGAUUCUGGUUUUUGGUGCUAAUGAGAUAAGCAGACUUGACCUCAACUGUGAUUAUGUUGACUAUUCUCCAUUGCCCGAAUUUCUUGUGAAGACCUUUGGAUGGGCUGUUUGUGUAGUUAACAAUGAUGUUGUUAUGACAGGGAUGUCAUCUUCUGAAUCAGAGUGUAAAGCAUGGCAGUACAAACCAUCUGUUAAUUCCUGGACGCAGCUGGCACCCCUUGUAAGGAAAGGGAGAGUUCACAAUAGUAUAGCAGCUUUGCAGGGAAAGGUGUAUGUUGUUGGCGGUAUUAUCAUGCCUAAUUGUACACCAGUAUCUGAUGUUGAGGUGUACAGUGAAAUGACCAAAUGUUGGAAGCUGGUAGCACCACUGCACAAGGGAGCCCCGUUGCAAGAGGGCGUAAGAGAUUUUGGCAUAGCUACUUGUUGUGACAAAAUCUUCGUAUUUGGUGGAAAAACUGGAAAGUGUAAACUUGGGGAUGACAGUCAUAUCACAGAUACUGUUCAAUGUUAUGACCCUACCCAAAAUGUGUGGAAUUCUGUUGCACCAUUGCCAAAUCCAGUGGAUGACAUCAUAGCAUGUACAGUUAACUCUAAGAUUUAUUUGGUUGGUGGACAGUUAGCACAUGUUCUAUGCUAUGAUCCUAAGGAAAACUACUAUGAGAAAAUGGCCAAUCGACUAGCCCCAUGGUGGGACUGUGGUGCCACUGUGUGUGGCUCUGAGAUCUACAUUACUGGAGGUUUUGACAGAAAGCUUUCACUCACUGAAACUUAUGAUGAAGAUGAGGAGUUUCCCCAGGCCCAUGACAUAGUGCAGUGUUACAAUGUGAAUAGCAAUACCAUGAUCACACUUAGGGAUUUACCAGAUCCAAUAUCGGAACACAUCACUGUAACAAUACCGAAACCAGAAUGGUAAAUUAUAAGAGUUGACUCUGAUCUGUGCAAGACAUCACUUACAUUUCUUUGUCGUAGAUUUAAAAGUCAACUUGCUGGCUAUGAUGUUAAGGGUAACAUGUAUGUAAUAAAUGUUGUUGUCACAUAUAGACAAUAGGUGUAGUCUUUUUCAUACGCAAUUUGUUUAUUGAUUGACCUUGGAUUUCCUAAUGGACCUAUUAACAUCAGACAGAUGUCAGAUCGGAGCAUUCCUGAUAGAAUGUACAAGUCAGGACUGGAUGUAUUGCAGUGAUACAUUGAGGAUGUCACCAUAUCUGACUAUUGUGAGUAGACUGGACUGGCUAAGUGAGCUGUCUACAGUGGCAAAUGUGAGAGAACAGUGUAAAUAACUUGUGUUAGAACCAAUCACCCAUCCUCACUGAUUACAUAUGCUGUUUAAAAUGAAAGUUUAAGUGCCUAAAGCUAGAAUUGUGUAGUAAAUGUAAGGAAAAAUGUUUGUUAGUAAAUUGUACAUCUACCAAUGUUUCAAUUAUGGUUAUGCUUUGUGCUCAAAUGUUACUGUAAACUGUGAAGUGUAGAAGGUUACAAUUUCUCACUAGUAUGUUAAGAGGAGAGAAAUCAAAGGCUGAAAGAUGCUGUAAGAUUGAAAAUAAAAUUCUUGAGAACAGAA